AUGUGCAGCCGCGAAGCGGGGACCCACGGGCGCCUCCUCCACGGGUACAGGCAGGUCACCCACGACGGCGCCGAGGACCUGGCCCUGAGCGAGCACCUGCGCUCCUGGACCCAGCGGAUACGCGGCCCAGAUCUCGGGAACUUCCCAGAGGGCAGGUGCCGGCAGUGGCUCCGCAGGUUCCUGGAGUUCAGGACCGAAGAGCGGCAGCGCCCAGAUUCCCCAAAGACUCAGGUGACCCAUCACCCCACCUCUGACCAGAAGGUCACUCUGAGGUGCUGGGCUCUGGGUUUCUACCCUACAGACAUCACCCUGACCUGGCAGCAAGAUGGUGAGGACCUGACCCAGGACAUGGAGCUGGUGAAGACCAGCCCUGGGGGAGAUGGAACCUUCCAGAAGUGGGUGGCUGUGGUGGUGCCUUCUGGAGAGGAGCAGAGAUACAGGUGCCACGUGCAGCAUGAGGGGCUGCUGGAGCCCCAAGUCAUGAGAUGGGUGCCCACUCCUCAAUCCCCCAACCCCAAUGUGGGCCUCAUUGCUGGCCUGUUUCUCCUUGGAGCUGUGCUCACUGGAGCUGUGGUGGCUGCAGCUGUGAUGUGGAGGAAGAAGUGCUCAGGUGGACAAAAAGGAAGCUACACUCAGGCUGCAGAAGAGAAAGGAGCAGGACUGGACCCUAGGACCCCUGGUGUUCAGCAGAGUAAAUUGCACAGUCCAACACCAUUUGCAGAAGGCACAGAGACCAGGGAGCCCCACUUCAGCAAGCACAGGAGUCACAUGGACACUCAUGAAGACACAGAGGGUCUAGAGUAGAUCCUGAGA